GGACAAAAAUCACUAUGAGACCAAAAUGCCAAAGUGCAGACAACAUGACUCGGCUCGCACGCACGUGACGUCAUCCUUCCCUGGACUUGUAACCAUGGUGACGUCAACUUUGGAACUUUGGAUAGUGACCAGUCACUUUUUGUCUGUAUGACCCUUGAUGUUGACUGGCGACCAGCCCAUUAUCUGGAUGUGCUAUGCUAUCGGACGGUGACCGGUCACUUUUUGCCUGUAUGAGCCAUGAUGUUGACUGGCGACCGGUCCAUGGUUAGUCCAUGGUGUUAUGCCAUUGGAUGGUGCUGAGUCAUUUUUUAUGUCUGAGUCAAGAUGUUGACUGGCGACCAAUCUUUCAUCUGAAUAUGCUAUGCCAUUGGAUGGUGACCAGUCAUUUUUUACGUCUCUGAAUCAUCAUGUUGACUGGCGUCCAGUCCAUGAUCUGGAUGUGCUAUGCUAUUCGAUGGUGACCGGUCACUUUUUGCCUGUAUGAGCCAUGAUGUUGACAGGCAACCAUUACAUUACUGUAUCUGGAUGUGUUAUGCCAUUGGAUGGUGACCAGUCACUUUUUGCCUGUAUGAGCCAUGAUGUUGACUGGCGACCAGCCCAUUAUCUGGAUGUGCUAUGCUAUCGGACGGUGACCGGUCACUUUUUGCCUGUAUGAGCCAUGAUGUAGAAUCGCCAACAGUCCAUUGUUGGUCUCGGAGGUUAUGCCAUUGGAUGGUGACCAGUCAUUUUUUAUGUCUCUGAAUCAUCAUGUUGACUGGCGACCAGUACAUUAUCUGGAUGUGCUACGCCAUUGGAUGGUGACCAGUCACUCUUUGUUUCUGUGAGCAUGAUGUUGACUAGCAACCAGUCCAUUGUUGGUCUCGAGUGCCAUUGGAUUGUGAUGAGUCAUUUUUUAUGUCUGAGUCAUGAUGUUGACGGGCGACCAGUCCAUUAUAUGGAUGUGCAUUACCAUUGGAUGGUGACAAGUCACUUUUUGCCUGUAUGAGCCAUGAUGUUGACUGGCCACUAGUCCAUUUUUGGUCUCGGAGGUUAUGCCAUUGGAUGGUGACCAGUCAUUUUUUAUGUCUCUGAAUCAUCAUGUUGACUGGCGACCAGUACAUUAUCUCGAUGUGCUACGCCAUUGGAUGGUGAUCAGUCACUCUUUGUCUCUGUGAGCAUAAUGUUGACUAGCGACUAGUCCAUUGUUGGUCUCGGGUGCCAUUGGAUUGUGAUGAGUCAUUUUUUAUGUCUCAGUCAUGAUGUUGAUAGGUGACCAGUCCAUUAUCUGGAUGUGCAAUGCCAUUGGAUGGUGACCAGUCACUUUUUGCCUGUAUGAGCCAUUAUGUUGCCUGACGAUCGUUACAAGUUAGUAUUGGGUGUUAUGCCAUUGGAUCGUGACCAGUCUUUUUUUUAUGUCUUUGAUUCAUGAUGUUGACUUGCGACCAGUCCAUUAUCUGGAUGUGCUAUGCCAUUGGAUGGUGACCAGUCACUCUUGUCUGUGUGAUCAUGAUGUUGACUGGGGACCAGUCCAUUGUUGGUCUCUGUGUUCUGCCGUUGGAUGGUGACCAGUCACUUUACAUCUGUGUGAGCGUGAGUUUACUGGCGACUAGUCUUUGUUGAUCUGUAUAUGCCAUGCAAUCGGUUGGUGACCAGACACUCUUUAUCCGUAUGACGCAUGAUGAUAACUGGCGACCAGUUAGUUGUUUGGCUAUGCCCAAACAACUAAUUGGCAGUCUUGGCAAUGAUAGACAUCCGAUCCAUGUUUGUCACCAUCAAUUGCAUCUUAUUAAGUUGCAACCUGACGUUUAUUGAUGACCAGUCAUUUCUAUAUGUAUACACCCUCACAGUCAUCGGUUUUUAGUCCAUUGUUUGUUCGUGCCCUAAAACUGGCUGAACAGCAAUCCAGGUGUACCCCACAUCAUUCCCAACGUCAGCUAUAGGAUAGGCUCCACCCACGACCGCUGUGAAGAAACGCUUCAUUGGGAUCCAGCAUCCUCUAGUUGGCGCUGCGGUUCCGGCGUCACUGAUCGGCCAAAGUCGAAGAUGACUCACGCCCAGACGCCAAGACGAGCACCACUGAGAGGAAGAGGAGGAGGAAGACGAGCAAAAAGCUGACAGGAGGGAGAAACGUUGUGCAUGUGAAGACAAACACUAUUUAUAGAUGAGUGUAUGUGUGUGUGUGCACAGCUGCUUUAGUGCGUCAGAGGACGAAUAAGGACGAAGACUACGGUCUCUCCGGGAAACACCCAGCAACUUAAAUCAUCGCAAUGACGUCCACCCUCUCUGACAGCGAUCGUUUUGUAACAACGUCCAAUAACGGCAGGAAGACGUUAAACCUAGUUUAUCGUGAAGUUCGCGCACACUAAAGGUGCAAAAUAAACAUGUCGAAUAUGUUUAGUUUUCCACCAUAGAUGGGAUGAAAGGACACGCCCCUUUUGAGUUGCGAGCCUACCUCAACUCUGAGCUAGUAGGGGCAAAAAAUAAAAGAUAAUGGCAUAGUAUACUGGAGAAUUGUAAGGGAGCUGGGAAUACCUUUUUAGUAGGGGGGUAAUCAUAUACCGACAUGGUGAUAUAUCGCCAUAUUUUGCACCCCAAUAGGUUAAAAUAUGCUCUUGCCAAGAAUCGAUGUAUUAUUUCAAAAAGGUUACUGUUUAAAUAAACAGGCCAACAGUUUGCUUUCAACAUUUUCCACAACUCACUGGUUGCCAUUGACUGCGAUAUACCUCCAAAAACUCUUAGAAUUCACAGCAGAAUAAUGAAAAAGCCUUUUAUCGCCCCUACCAACAUGGCCUCAGAUCGCAAUGUUGCUAGGGACGACGUUCCCAUCAAAGCCAUUGCAUUGACACAUUAAAAUUACGUCAUAGUGCUUAGGUUUGCAUAGGGACAGUAGGGACAUAAUACUAGCAAAUUUUCAGGAUGCUCAAAUUGUCCCCACCAACUUUUAAGCAGUCUUAUUUGCACUAUAGAAUGAGUUCGGUUAUAUAGGUAAUUUAGAUUGUCUUCCCAUAUGUGGUAAGGAUAGAAUAGACCUUACCAUUAUUUAGUGAAUUAUUUUCAUGAUGUUCAGACUUACAUUUAUCCCUUUUCAAUUGCUGAAUGUGCCGGUCCAUUUCCCCCCCACUUAAACGCACGUUUGAUUGACUGAUGACUUGACACCCAACCCCCCCGCCCGCCACACACAUGCACACUCACACUUAAACAGCCCCGACAGAUUCAUAUCAACAAUAUGACCCCUCCUCUGCCCCCUUCAAUGAGGAGGGAUAUUAGAUUUUUUUUUUUUGGCCAGCAGCAGCCACUGUAAAUAAUGUAAAAAGACGACAAUGCUGUGGAGGUGGGGGAAAGACCACAAAUUUUGCUACUAAGUCCGACCUCCGUCGAAGUCAGCAUAACAUUAAACUGUGUGAACUUGCUCACCUGCAAAACUACAGUGGUCAAGCCAGCCUCCACAAGGAACAACGAAGUCAAGCUAGCCGUCCCUCAUUUGGAUCAUUUUUUGCAUCAUGUGCAUUACAACAUCCCUGUUAAUCUUAAACUUUUGAGAAAUGAUCAAAUUGUGACUUUCAAUGUCUCGGCUGUCGGCAUUGCAUUUGAUGGGAAUGUUGCCCCUACCAAUAUGGCCGCACGUUAAUAAAACAAUAUUAAUUUACGUUUCCAUGUAAUGUCACAUGUUAGCCAGCAGAUAGCAGCAGAGUAAAAGUGAUCAAUCGGAAGGCAACUGUCUGUCAGAGUGCUUUUGCGCCUGCGCGGUAUUUAUCAUCCCAGAUUGCGGUUGUCUUUAAAUCCCCCCUACCCCUCCCUUGCUAUCUGUCCCGGACUGGAUUAUCAUCAUCAUCAUCAUCAUCAUCGUCAUCAUCGUGCAUCUGAGAUGUCUACUCCGGAUGCAACGGGAACCCCGGGCGGCCCCGACUCUGAGGGGGGCCCCCCGGCCGCGGCCCCCAACCUGACCAGCAACAGGCGAUUGCAGCAGACGCAGGCGCAAGUGGACGAGGUGGUGGAUAUUAUGCGAGUGAACGUGGACAAGGUCUUGGAGCGGGACCAGAAGUUAUCUGAGUUGGACGACCGCGCCGACGCCCUGCAGGCCGGCGCCUCGCAGUUCGAGAGCAGCGCCGCCAAGCUCAAGAACAAGUACUGGUGGAAGAACUGCAAGAUGAUGAUCAUCAUGGCUGUAGUGGGCGUCAUCCUGUUUGGCGUCAUAUUUUUGUAUUUCUUCUACUGACCUGCAAUGGAGCCUCCUCAUUUCCCGUCGUGAUCUUCAGUGAAUUUCGAUUGUAAUUGCCAGACUUUUUGCUGACUACAGGAACUCCGUUUUGAUGUAUUUUGUGUCUCUUUGCGCUGACAAAACAACACAUUAGUGUUUCAGUAGAUAAAUGGUGGAAAGCUGACUUUGUAAUGUUUGGAUAUUUGUGUGUCUGGAUCCUGGAACCCACUCAUCAAGUGCGAAAUUUUGAGGGUGCUAGAUGAACCAGAGUUGCUUUUAAAAUGAGUUGUUUUUGCAUGGACCACAUAUAAAUUUUAGGGCUGUCAAAAUUAUCGCGUUAACGGGCGGUAAUUAAUUUUUUAAAUUAAUCACGUUAAAAUAUUUGACGCAAUUAACGCACAUGCCCCGCUCAGAUAGACCAAAAUGACAAUACAGUGUAAUGUCCGCUUGUUACUUUUUUUUUGGUGUUUGGCGCCCUCUGCUGUCGUUUGGGUCCAACUGAUUUUAUGGGUUAGUACCAUGAGUGAGCAUGGUGUAAUUAUUGACAUCAACAAUGGCGAGCUACUAGUCUAUUUUUUGAUUGGACAUUUUACAAAUUUUAAUAAAACAAAAUCAUUAAGAGGGGUUUUAAUAUAAAAUUUCUAUAACUUGUACUAACAUUUAUCUUUUAAGAACUACAAGUCUUUCUAUCCAUGGAUCGCUUUAAGAGAAUGUUAAUAAUGUUAAUGCCAUCUUGUUGAUUUAUUGUUAUAAUAAACAAAUACAAUACUUAUGUACAGUAUGUUGAAUGUUUAUGUCCGUCUUGUGUCUUAUCUUUCCAUUCCAACAAUAAUUUACAGAAAAAUAUGGCAUAUUUAUAGAUGGUUUGAAGUGGGAUUAAUUACGAUUAGUUAAUUUUUAAGCUGUGAUUAACUCGAUUAAAAAUUUUAAUCGUUUGACAGCCCUAGUAAAUACAAAAGUUGCAUGUAUAAAUUUAAGCAUACCUAAAAUCUUGAAUAAAACAACAAUGAAAUUUAGCAAUUACCAACACAUGCUAUUGAAUGAUCCCGGUCCAAAUGGAUUAUUUGGACGUCAAUCACUGUCAGUGGCAGCCAGAGUCAAUUUAUGGAAUAACAUUAAAGCCGUUUGAACAGUAGGACGGUUGUAUACUAU